AUGACCGGGAAGGAAGCAAGUUCAUCGAGCGCACCGCGCAAAUCGAAAGAAUUGGCGAAGGGUCGCAUCCGUAAAUUCGUUGCCUACCUCGAUGGCCGACGCGGGAAGACCGCUUACCUUCCGGGCACCAUAGCCGAAUGGAACCUGCAGCGCUUUGCGGCAAGGAAACGCGCCUACGAGCGUCGCCGGAUGCUGAUCUGCAAACGCCUUGGGGUGAAGCGCCAGACCGAACUGCCGUACUACAAGAACCGCGUCAUUGCUAAGGACCGGGUGAGGCAGAUCAUCAAGCAAAAUGAGACCAUUGGCGAGAUGAGCGAUUUCCAACGCGGAUACGAAUCUUUCACGGCUUCGUCCGGGAAUCGGUACCCUGAACUUGUCUCGAAGACAUCGCAUGAAAUAAGUUACAAGGUUCGCCUCGAUAAACUUGAUGCACAGUUGGAUGAGAUGGAAAGAUACUUGCGGGAAUUGCCCGACAAGAUUUAUCGCGAUGUUGGUGCUUGCCUCCGCGACUUUGUCGACAGAUCCAUUGUCAAGUCCGAAGUAACCGACGUGGGCGACGAAAGGAAGCCGCUCGAGUUUUCGCCCAUCCGCCGAGCCCCGGGCUUCCUACACGGCAUAACCCUUCGCACGGAGAGCCGUGCGAAUGCCGAAUGUGAAUCUCUCGCUCCAACAUGCACAAAGCAGGUCGCCCCUUACAACUCGUUGGCCGCCCAGAGCGAAAACCAGCGUCGCUCCACGCUGGAGCGUCGGGCCUCUCGCCUUAUGCCCAAGCCAUCCAGCCCAUCCGUGUCCGACUAUGCAUCGGCCGGGGACGUGAUAGAUCCUGAGAUUAUGGUAUCCCAUUGCCUGCUUCCGCGGAUCACUUUUUUCAGCUCACCCCCACCCAGUGGCACAUGGCUCAGCAACAUGGUGGAAGACUUCGCCGCCAGUCAGAAUUAUUUGGAU